AUGCAGCAAAUCAUAUAUGCUGUCUUGGACAGCUGGAAGCUGGUGACCAAAGCCGAAGCUAGAGCCGGCUGCACACUUAACGUUGAGCAACGCAACACAACGCAACGCAACGGAGCGCACGCGCACGCGCAAAUGCGAAACGCAGUUAAAGGAGCCAAACCAUUGGCAUUGGCAUUGGCAUUACACAUGGCAUGGCUAAUCAUUAAGGUUCUGCGCCUGCCGCGGCCAGACAUGUGUAAUAAAAUUGUUAGCUUAUUACGAUGUGCGACUAAAAAGAAAGUUAUUGUGUUUGCCGGACCAGCCGGUUGUUGUAAAGCUGCGGCUGCGACUGCUACUGUUUUUACCACUUGUAACCUGCUGCUGCUGUUGGUUAGCAUAUUCACAUUGUGGCUAAACGUUCAGCUGUGUCAGGCAGCGCCCACCUUGGAGGCAGUUACUCCAGCAAAUGAAUCUGCCUGGCCACCCAUGCAUCAUUAUGAUAUCUGGAGCGCCGAUUUGAAAGCCCAAGCAACUGACCAGCAGCUGCAAAUGGAGCUUGAGCUAAUCGAUGAUCGGGACGAAGCGGAGCACGCCGAACGCGAAGAACUGUUGCUGCAGCAAACAUACAAUCUUGGCAACAAUCUGGCUGCAAGCGACGAUUGGAACGAUGAUAAUACAUCUGAACAUAUCAAGAGCAAUGGCAAUCGAUAUUCCAAAGUAAUACAUUUAUUUGCAGUGCCCGUGAAUGGGGAGUGCUUGUCGAAUGAUGGUCGACGUUUGGGUAACUGUUUAAAUGCAUAUGAAUGUCGUCAGAAGGGUGGGCAGGCCAAAGGCGAUUGCGCCAUGAGCUUUGGCGUGUGCUGCGUUUUCGUUGCCACUUGCAACGGCACGAUCAACAGCAACCUGACGUAUAUUGUGUCACCAGAGUUUCCCAGUUUCAUGCCUAGCAACUUCACUGGCUGCCAGCUGAAGGUCAAGGUGAUGCGUCACGACGUUAGUCAGCUACGUCUGGAUCUCUACCAUUUCUCGCUGAGCCAGCCCAAUCGACGCACCGGUGUCUGCGAUGGAGACAUCUUCAAUAUCAGCGGUGGCCCCAGUGGACCUCUAACGCUCUGUGGCCAAAACAAUGGACAGCAUUUAUACUAUGAUGUGGGCUCUCGACCCUUGCCGCGUCAAUCAACGCUAUAUGGAAGUCUUCGACCCCCUUCUAGUGGCAACAUUAGUGAAGUUAACGACAACAGCGAUCUGGAACAGCUCAUUGAGAUCAAUAUAAAUGUGAGCACACGUUUUCUGCCCACACGAUUGUGGGAGAUUCGGGUCACGCAAAUACCCUUUAGUCAGCGUGCUCCGGCAGGAUGUUUGCAGUAUCAUACCGGUGUCGAAGGUAUUAUACAGACUUUUAAUUAUGCCGACAAUGGGAGGCAUUUGGCCAACCAGCAUUACCGGAUCUGUGUGCGCCAGGAGUCCGAUAUGUGCUCUAUUAUAUAUCAGCCCUGCGAUGAGCAAUCCUUUCGCAUUGGUGGCGGCGGCAGUGGUGGCUCCUUCAUAUCCACAAUGAACAAUGCGGCUAGUAGUGCUAGCACCUCAUCAAAUGCUGUACAGACGCAGAUGUCAUCCACGGCAGCAACUACAGCUACCAGAACUACUACACCGACCAGAGCAGCUACGACUACCAUUAAGCCAAAUCUGGAGCAAAUCAUUAAUAAUUUAGUCAACUGCACCAGCACUGAGGCGCCAAUGUCAAGCAAUCCCGGCACAACAGCAGCAGCUGGCGCUGUUGCCAGCGGAGGUAGCAGCACAGCAGCCAUGACAACAGCAAUGCCUUUACGUUCCAGCAUUAUGCCAGCCAUGGGCGAAAGCACGGCUGCAACUGAGACGCCGUCAUCCUCAGCCUCGCCCGCUAACGACGAUGCCGAGGGUUCUGGUUGGAAUGAAGACGACAACUUUUUCUUCUUCUCCAAAGGGGACGAUGUCAGCAAUGACGUGACUACGUCGCAACCUGGCGUCUCGAGGCGUCCAAGGCCAGUGGGCGAUGAAACAUCGUCAGGUGGCUUCGAUCUAUUGGGCUUCUUGCGCAAUGCUCUAGACUUGCGCCUCAGGCAUCUCCAAGAGCGCCGGCGUCGCCAGUCACGUCAAUUCUUUAGCACCUGCACGGAUCGCAUAACCAUGCCCUGCAUCAUUGAGGAUUUUAUUGGCACGGGCUACGGUCCUUUGCCGGGCUGUGAGCCGGUCCACUGUGGCGCCCAAUUUUGCUCCUCCGGUGUUUGGCCCUGUCGCAUCGAGAGUACAGUCACUCCAUUCUACAUUGGAGUGCAUUUUGGUGAUGGCAGCGCCGCCGGCAAGGGAAGUGCAGAGGACAACAUAGGUGCCUGCCUGCGCUACAGCCAGGUGCGGUGCAUCUAA